UUCUCGCGAAAGCGGAAUUGGCGCUACACCCGUCGGUGUGUCAGACGCGGAUGCUCCAGAAGUUUUGCGCCUGACCCCGAUCCUCUCGCCCGGAGUAUCAAAUCUGCGCCAAAACCCCCAUCAGUUUACGGUUCUUCUGGGUUAUGGAACUGGAUAAAAUGGACGAAAACGACUGGAAAUAUCACGGGGAGGGCAACAAGAGCCUGGUCGUGUCUCAUUUGCAGCACUGUAAAGUUCUUCGUCUGCUGAAGUUUCCCUCCGAAGACUCUGCACAUACACGACAGACCGCAGAACAAGCUUUUCGACACAUCCCCAACAUUGUGGAUUAUAGUAAAUAUGUCAUGAAGCCUUUACUGGGGGAGAAAUACGUUCACAGUGGAGAGGUUGUUAAACUACCACUGGACUUUGUGAGACAGCUGUCGCUAAAGGUCCAACAAGAACGACCUGAACUGCGCUGUGAUAAGGUCAUGGACACAUUCAGCGGGUGUGGUUUAUGCCUUCCCAACCUGACCCAACUUCCCCUCCACCACCUCAGAGACCACAGUCCUCCAAUCUGCGUUGAGAUUAAGCCAAAAUGUGGAUUUCUACCCUUUUCAAGGCACAUAACCAAGGAAUGCAAGCGCAAAGUUUGCAGAUUCUGCAUGCAUCAGCAUUACAAGUUAGCCAAUGGGAAGUGGAAGCGAUUGAGCAGAUAUUGCCCUCUGGAUCUCUUCUCAGGGAGCAAACAGCGAAUGUAUGUUGCAUUGAAGAAUCUGUUAGAGGAACCACAAAACAACUUGAAAAUCUUUAAGGGCGGAGAGUUGAUAUUUAGCUGUAAGGACGAUGCCAAGCAGCAACCCGAAUUGAACGAUCUAAUUCAGCACCUUCGGCCUUAUUUCCCUCAUAGUAACAGCCUCUAUAACGGCCACCAGCCUGGCAAAGCUGUCCUGAACGAGUUCAUUCAGGUGAUCUGCUCCGCUCUGCUCAGCGGCGGGGACUCGAAUCGCUCGGGAGAGCCCAGGAAGGUGCACCUGUCUGAGAGCAGGCCGCACUGUGAAGCCAGUCCCUUCCCAAGAGACCUGCUCCGCAACGGUAACCACGGCCUCCCUAAAGACAGUGUCCUCGCAAAAAUCCUCCAAGUCCAGAUGCUGGAUAACCUGGAUAUUGAAGGAAUCUACCCUCUGUACAAACGCGUGGAGCAGUAUCUAGAAGAGUUCCCGAGAGAAAGAAACCGACUGCAGAUAGAUGGGCCUUAUAAUGAGAGUUUCAUGGACACGGUGAAAAACUGUCCUACAGAAGAUGACGGCUCUGUAGAAUAUGCUGUUGGGAAGGUUCAUCAGUAUAGAGUCGCAAUGACGGCCAAAGACUGCUCAGUCAUGAUCACGUUUGCACCUUGUGAGGAAGAUGAGGAACACCAGUUGAAUUUGGAGAAGCCUCGUUUCACGUAUUCAGUCUCCAUCCUGGAUCUGGACCCCAAACCGUAUGAAGGCAUCCCUCACCAGUACAAGCUGGACACAAAAAUCGUCAACUACUACCUGCGGAGCACGCAAGCUCCGCCCCCCUCCAGCCUAUAUAAGGAAAGGCAGGACUGCACGCUGCUCUUCCAUGCUGUAUGAGACACCUCUACAAGUGCUGCUUGGGAAAUGCCUAGAAGUGAAGCUGAAAUAGUGAUAUCAUUUUGUUCUUUCUGUUUGCUAGUCUGUCUAGUUGUUUGCCCUCCCGUGAACUUGCCGUUCGCAGUUGUUGCCAGAGCGACCUGAUGUUUUUCUUUUUGAGGGUGAUGUUCUCAUUGGGGCUGGUCUCCUAAAGCACAGAAUACCUGAACGAGUCAGUCAUUGGCUGUAAAAAGGGAGGACAUGGAGGGUGUGUGUGUGUGUGUUUUUGUGCAGUGCUGUUGGGUGUUUCUCGCACGCAGCAGCGCUACUGUGGUUUCCAAGUGCCAAAAGUGGCUUACAGCGAUUUUCCCCAGUGAACGUUUUACCGUGCAUCAGCUUGGCCGUGGCUGCAGUCGCUGUACAGGCAGUUUGGAAUUCAAAAACAGACAAGUACUUGAGUUUUUAGCGCGGCUUCAUCCCUAGAGCUCCUCAAACCUCUGACCCUCGGUGAGCUACAGUAGCGGGAGUUAUACUGACAAGCACAGACCUGUUGCAUGCUAGCGAAUGAGGUCGCGAUAACACCGUCACUACCCGUAAGAUAGAUUUGAUAAAUUAGAAGAUAAGCCUAAUGAUAUUACUCGCUAUUGAAAUUGUAUUUUUGUAACGUACGCUCGGCUGGCGUAACCGCUGUAUACAAAUCGAAGUGUCUUAUUAAAAAGUAGUUCACAAUUAUAUAAAAAAAAAAGUCCAUCAUUUACUAACCCUCAUUUCAUCGCAAACCCGUUUGAUAGAAUCGUUACGCAGCUCGUCAGUUCAUUCUGACCAGGUAUUGUGAAAGAACGACUAAAAAUAACGACUGAAAUUUGUUUGACUUUAGAAAACAUGAAAUACAGUGCACAAGUCCUAUGGUGCUUUAUUUGGAGCUUUACAGCCUUUGGUCACAACGGUUGUUGUAUGGCAAAAGUUACGUAACGAUUCUUCAAAAGUUUGGAAAAACAUUUGGAAAACAUUAGUACAGACAUGAUGGUGUGUAAAUUUUUGGUUGAACUACUACUUUAAAGCUAGUCCAUCAUCUCAAAAAUAAAACACCGUUUUUCCUAGAAAAACUGCUGUAAAAUGAAAAAUCGUCUGUGUCUGUCCAUCAUCGAUGGCUUUGUCUCUGAGUUUGACACUGAUAUGCUUAGUUGUCAUCUGUUUUGAAAUCUCAGAGCAGAAAACAACCAGAGGAAUCCAUCCCCAGCAGCUUGAACGCUACUACGGUUACGUUUGGCUUUUGUUUUAAUGGCCGUAAUUGGUUGCAGAGCCAGACAUAUUUCAUAAGUCGACCAAAGAUGGACAGCACGCCAGUUUUUUUUAGCACAAUAAAAAGGAUGAUCCAGUAGUUUUUCCAACAGUUUUUUUUUUUUUAUUUUUUUUUUCAGAGAAGCAGUAUAGGCCACAGAAAUGGUAGUGUUGAUUUAAUGUUACAUGAGUUGCGAGUUUGGCGUCUUUGAUCGUAAAAACAACCACAGUAAGACGGUUUGCGCAGAUUUUACGGUGUAACUAACACUAAAGAUGGCACCUCAUGGUCGCCUUUCUCUGUUAUGGGGAAUAUAACUGUUACAAUGUACUGUGGCGUGAGUGAUGCUCACGCUUCUGUUUACCUCUUUUAGCGUGAUGCAAACUGCUUCGGCUUGCUUAACUCAAAGUCGUCAAUGCAGUUCCCAUCAGGCGAACAGUGUUUGCAUUUUUCAUGGAUGAACAUUCAACAUUGCCAAACUGUGUUCACACUCCCCUUUGUCUUAAUGUGAACUGGUGUCAAGAGAAGUAUUAAUACGCCUUACCUGUGAGCGAAAACGCUUUCGUUGUCGAACUGAUGGCGUUUGUUUGACUGUCAUGUUUUGAUGUGUUAUGAAGUAACUGAUUGAAAAGUGCAGUUUCUCCACAACAGACAUUGCUGUAUUUGCCUUUGUUUUAACAACAUCUUUCCCCUUUUGAACCAGAGAUAUUAUGAGUCUGAGGUGGUGACAUUGUGUUAUUCUAAUGAAAUAAAGAUCUAUAAUCACUAUGUAGGUAGGAAUGGACAUUAAUUCUGUUAUUAAGCAAGAAAAGAAAGGAAGAUCACAAUUUCUGUGAUGGAAUCUAAUGUUAAAAUGUAACUAUUUGAAAAUACAAAGUGGAUUUUGCUGUCAAACAUUUUGUAUUUAAAAUUAUUUAUUUUUUUAGCUCUUGUCUAAUGAUGUAUAUUUCCAUACAGUGUGGGCAUAUCAUACGUAAAAAUGAUUGACACGUACAGGUGGCAACAAUAUGUAGUUCCUAACGGGUGAUUGUACAGGUGUUUAUAUCGAAUAAACGAUUAGAUAUGAA